UGGAUACCUUUAUAAAUCACACUCCCCCCUCUCAACUUGCAAACUAUUUUCCAUCAUCACUCUUAUCUCAUCUUAUCCAUCCUCAAGAUGCAACUAUUCCAUCUCUUCUUCGCAGCUCUUACGCUGCCUUUGAUUACAGCCUACCCAAGUAGAAGCAAUCAUCUCGACCGACGAGUCAUCGUCCCAACGCCCGACAAGAAAAUCACCAGCUACGAUUCGUAUAUGCAGGUUCUCAUGGGGAUUAAAUGGAACAUGGUAAGGCAUUUUACUCCGUCUCUCUCGGACCUAUCUAUAUUUCCAGGAAGUAAUCUGAUUUGCGCUCAUAGUGCUAUCGCAUCGAUAGUCUGAUCCCCAUACAGGACUGCCAGACUUUUGAGAUCGUCAAUAGAAGAUCAGCUGGGACGGAUAUGACGGAAAUGUUGGCGGCCAAUUCGAAAACGAGAGUGAUGAGACCAACGGA